UGGAACGAAGAAACACUGGCAACGGAUCACCUGAGGCGUCCUGUUCUCUCGCAGUUACUACGCGCUCUUCGCCAAAUCAUGAAAGCUGUAAGUGCCAGGAGAGGAUGUGCCGACCAGCACGACUGGAAUUUUCGUCAGCGGCACCUGAAUAAAAGUGAAUUCGAGGCUGAUUACUCGGUCUACCUGGAGCACCUGGCAAACUACACGAAGGACAUUGCGCACCUGAUCUCACUUGGUGUGACGCAUACCUCACAAGUGUUCGUUCCCCUCGCAUUCGAACACAUGGGUAUUCACCCAAAUGAUCAGCGACUCCAUGGAUGGAUCAAGGACGUGCGACGCGUGAGAGACAUGCUACACACGAAAUUAAGAGGUUGGGUACACGAUAUGCAAUCCGUCAGCGAGCAGAUGAUGAACUACAAGAUAGAAGAAGACAAGAACAGUUCUGGGAUCUAUCUAAUAAGGCGGCCGCUGUUGAAUCAUCGGCUACUGGCAUAUCAAACGCAGUUCCUGUCCUUUCAUGAUGACUUUAGUGCGCUAUGCGAGGAGCAACAUCCAAAGGCAUCAGAGAUGUUCGGUCUCGCCAACGCACUGUACUCCCUCUAUCGUAACAGCUGGACUGAAACGGCACGAAUCUUUAACGAAAACAAUUCAUCUUAUUUCUACAUUGUAGACGAGGAGUGGCAGCUGAAGGACAGAAGCAACGCUACGCUUUCCGUGGACACUGGCUGCCUGCAGUUGUUGGCCGACGCCCUGGACCACCCCACGUGUCCGCUGGAAGACCUGCCACCGGAGACCAUCGAGCAGCGCGAGCAGUGCCGCGUCCAGCUGUGGGAUGACAUGGUGCAGAGGCUACCCCACAUACCCGUCACCAGCUACCUGGCCUACACGCAGAGGGCGAACGUCAAUCUCUGCCUGUUGGCCUGGAUGAGUGUCAACUCGUUCAGCGUUUGUCAGGACGUCUCCUUUAGUAUGAUACAGUCUGUGGAUGAUGCUCGGUUGCAGUCACCACCAGGUGGGACUACUGCUGUAAUCAAUCCCAUCAACGCUCAGUUCGAGUCAGAGCACUCUGCGUGA